AUUACCAUAAUUAACUUCCGUUCACCAUCGGUGGUGUGAUAUAGUGCAGUCAUCAUUUCUCGCUACAAGUACCAAGGAAGAUUUUCAGUCAUACGACGCUGAACAAAGUUAUGUCCGAUUGGAAAGAUAUUCUACGUGAUAGAUUAAGUCUCACUUUGCCUGAGCCAGUUAAAUUACUUUUUGAUAUAGCAUAUUCGUACGGCGCAAUAUGGGCAAUAUUUAUUGCAGUAAUUAUGGCCAUCAUUUUCCAUGUUUGUGAUUACAACUUUAUUGCCAUCUAUGCUGGUCGUCGAAUAGCAAUAGACAUGUCAAGAACACCUCCAAACCACUACGUAUACAAGAGAACAAUUGACGUAACCGAUAUCAUUAAUGGCUUAAAUCAAUUGACACGAAGUAACCCAGAGCGAGAGGUUCACGCUAUAAUUAGUGGUGGACCUGGAGCCGGAAAGUCAGAACUUGCAAGACAAGUUGGAGAAAAAAUUUACCAUUCAGAAAAUAAACCUAUCAUGAAUUUUGACUUGUCAUUCAUUUUACCCCCAACAGACGUCAUCACAUUAAAUGCAGAUAACUUUGAACUACUUCAUCGUUCUCUCGAGGAAGCCAUUGAUACAAUACAAGGAAAGGAAUCUAAAUCUAUGGGUUAUGAUAGACCUGGGGAUGAAGAAAUGAUCUUUUCAAAAUUUCAUCAACUUCGAGUUGCUUUAAAAACCGUUCAAGGGGCCAUGUUUACAUUCUUGUACAAAAAACGACAAAAUGGAAAAGGCUUUUUGAAUGCUGGAAGUAAGGAGUAUGGUAAAAUACGAAUUAUUGUCGCCACACAACGUCGACCAACGGCGAUAUUGCCUUCUUUUAUAUGUUACAAAGAUUUGGCUGAUCCAAUACCAACUGAUGAAGCGGUAAAAUUGUUGAAUACAAUUACAAAUAUUCAGAACGAUGAUCAAAAUGCCGCUUACUUAGCAAAGGCACUCAGCGGGUUUCCUAAAUCUCUUGUAGAUGCUGCUUUUCAUAUUCAAAUAGGAAGACGCCGAAAUGUUUCAUACCGACUUUAUUUGGAAGAAUUAGAAUUGAGUAGAAAGCGUUACUUAAAAAAAGUCAACUUUUCUUGGGCUGAAGUCACGGAUCAAGGUGUAUCGUAUAACUUCACGGCAUAUACUGCAUCACUAAUGCUAGUUGAGCAAUAUUUCCUUGAUCCAGAUCAUGGGCGUUUAUACAAGACUUUGGCCUUUUUUAUUGGUUAUUGUGGCUCUCCAGCAAUCUCAUUGACACUUUUUGAAAAGUAUGUUAGUCUUGAUAGCGAUUUAAAAGACUACGUGGAACUUGAAGCCGUCGGUAUUUUAGUCGGAAAGACUUCGUUGUAUGACGUGAAAGACAGAAAUCGUGAACAUUAUCUCAUACUGACCCAUCAAAUUACAAGAUUUGCGUCGUUUGAUGCGUGGAAUAAAAAAGUAGAGACCGAAAACGACCCAAUACAUGUUUUUCAAACUUCAAUUGCGCGUAUUUUUGAGGCCUUAAAAUCAGAGUUCAACAAUACGCGUGAUCAGGAGGUUGAAUAUACAAGUUCUAGUUUCAAAGUCAUUGAUGUGGUUAUGUCUUUGGUGACAAAGAUCCACGAGAAAAAGUUAAACAUCUAUAAUAUUAUCAGCAAGGAAUUUUGUUGGUUAUUUCUUUAUUCGAUUGGGCCAAACAGUCACAAAUCUGCUAUAAUAAUGCCUAAAGUAGAUUUUCUUGUAGAUAUGGUUGACGACAGCUAUCAAAAAAACAACAUAGAAAUAUCUUUUCUUUUGUCCGUUCUCUUUUUUCAUAGCACAGGAAAUCAAGAGCCUGGAAACGUAAAAAAGGUCGUUAAAGCGAUAGAAGAAUUGGUCUUAAACUCCUUAUCAAAGCCAGAUAAUAUUUCCAUUGAGAAAAAAGUAUUGUUGAUCAAUAUGAUUGGAACUGUAUAUCGUGGGCUAGCUCAGGAUUGGCUGAAAGCGCAAGAAUUGCAUCAACUUGCAUUGAAUCUUUCAGAAAAGAAUAGUUUAAAGAAUGAAGAGGCAAUAUCACUGCACUUGCUUGGAAUUAUUCAUCGAUAUCAAAGAAAUCUUGAUAAGGCUUUAACGUAUCAUGAAAAAGCAGUAGAACUUGCCAGACGGAUUUUCUCUACAAAAGAAAAAGGUCGACUUGCUGAAUUCUUACUAAAUUUGGCCGUAGUUUACAAUCGUGUGAAAGAGUUCGACAAAGCUCGUCAAAUGUACGAAGAAACCUUGGAACUGGUUAAAAAAGCAUAUGGUCCACGACAUCAACGAGUUGCAAAAGUUUUAAAUACUUUAUCGACCAGUUAUUACGCUUUAGGAAAAUAUCCGGAAAGUAUAAAUGUUUUAUUGGAAGCUCUUAGCAUUCACGAGGAAAUUCAUGGUGACUACCAUCCUCACGUAGCGGAAACAUUGUAUUUUCUUGGAUUCACAUAUCGUUCCAAUGGUGAUCUCUCAGAAUCUCUUCAAGUGUUGAAGAGAUCUUUGAAAAUAACACAACAAUAUUAUGGAAAUAGACAUUUUAAAGUCGCUGAAAUUUUACAUGAUCUUUCUAAUACGCAAAGAGAACUGGGUAUGCUUAAUGAUGCCCUAGAAAAUGCUAAUACAUGCGUUCAUAUUUUUCGAAAAACAUUAGGUGAAAAUGAUUCAGCUGUUGCAACAUCUUUGAAUGGUGUAGGACUUAUUUAUUUAGAGCUUGGUGAUUCAGUUACAGCUCAAAGAAAAUUUGAAGAAGCUCUUAAAGUUUUGAGAAACUUCAGGAGCAUGGUUUUCAAGGACUGAGUAUUAGCGAGACACUUGGAAAUAUAGCUUUGGCGUUGAAACACCGUAAAGAAACCGAGAAAGCAAAAGAGUAUGUUUCAAAUGCUUUGAACAUAAUUUUAAAAGUGCACCCUGAAAGUCAUCCACGGGUUAAAAAACUACGUGAGUUGGAAAAAAAUCUUGAAAAUAUCAAUGAAAAUGAGGAAAAAUAUGUUGAUGCACCUUAGAUAAAAUGUGUUAGAAUGUACAUUUACCCAUGUACAAUCAAGUGAGCUCAAAUUUGCACAUUUAGUGAACAACUUAUGUAAUAAUGCGUUCGCCCUUUUUAACUGAAAUUUUAAGCGAUAUAAAUAUGCAAUAAGUUUUACUUAACAAAAAAAAACAAAGACACAAUUACUGUAAAACAAAAUUUAGAUAUUGCACUAUGAGUGACGGAGUAUUGUCAUUUUACUUUAUAAUUGGAUGUCAUUAGCAAUUAAACGAGCUGCUUUCCACUGAA